UCGUCAGGUGUCGUCGCGUCUCGCCCCUGCGUCUGACUUUGACAUCACGAAUCCACCAGUGCAGCGGCAGCCUGAGCGCUACAGACAUUGCGCGCUCUACGCCGCCAUAGCGAUCGGGCUGACAGGCCAGACAUCAAGCACUCGACUCCGCAAGCAGAGAUGCCGGUGGUCUCUUGCGCCUGGCUGGCCGGCGCUGUUCUCCUCGGCACGGCUGCAGCGCAGGCCGCACGCGCCGCUGCGCCCGACUGGACGUCGAGCGGCUAUGCCGGCUCGGCCAUGCCGCCGCACGGCGGAGUGCGGUCCUUCGCCGGACUGCCGUGGACAAGCUGCCUGCACAACGAGCAGGUGCGCUUCGACGUGGCGCUGCUCGGCAUGCCCUUUGACGGCGGCGUUUCGUACCGCCCCGGAGCCCGCUUCGGGCCGAAGGCGAUCCGAGAGGCGUCGCGGCGCCAGCGCACAAACUCGUGGUCCCUCGAGUACGAACAAGCGCCCUACGAGGCCCUGUUCUUCAUGGACUGCGACGAUGUGCCCAUCACGCCGUAUGAUCCGGCCGUGGCGCUGGCGCAGAUGGAGGCCGCCUACGUGACGCUGCUGCAGCGUACCCCGCUCGUGUCGCGAGAGACGGAGCGAGGCCAGCGCUUUGCAACGGGCACUGCGCUCCGCAGCAAGGUCAUCGUGCUCGGCGGCGACCACACCGUCGUGCUGCCGAUCCUGCGUGCGCUACACAAGACGUACGAGCAGCCCAUUGCUGUGCUGCACUUUGACGCACACCUCGACACAUGGAAGGUGUACAACUCGCCGGGCACGCCCACGCCGCAGAGCCGCAUCAAUCACGGCAGCUUCUUUGCGCGGGCAGCCGACGAGGGCCUGAUCGACCGAAAUGCCUCGGUCCACGCAGGCCUGCGCUGCCGCACCAAUGGGCCAAUGGACAUCCGCCACGAUGACCAGGUCGGCUUCGAGCGGGUCAUGACGAGCGAUCUCGACCUGCUCGGCCGCGAGGGCGUCAUCGAGCGCAUCCGCUCCCGCAUUGGCGAUCGGCCUGUCUACCUGAGCAUCGACAUCGACGUCCUCGACCCGAGCGCGGCGCCGGGCACGGGCACGCUGGAGACCGGCGGCUGGACGACGCGCGAGCUGCACGGCAUUCUGCGUGGCCUUCGCGGCCUCAACUGGAUCGGCGCCGACAUCGUCGAGGUCUCGCCGCCGUACGACCACGCAGAGAUCACGGCGUACGCCGCCAGCGACCUCGUCUUUGAGAUUGCGAAUCUCUUUGCUGUCGGCCAUGAGGUAGACGAGCCGGACGGCGAAGACGAGCUGGAGCACGACGCGGCACACGACGCUCGGCGACAUACUGAGUUGUGAAGCAGCACCGAGAGACACCAUAGAUGAGCUCGGCGCUGUUCUGUCCUGAGCUUGCCUAGCUUGCCUAGCUUGC